AUGUUUCCUAAACAACAAUGCCAAAAUGAAGAGAAUGGGACAGAUGUUGAAGAGGAUGAGAAUACUGAGAAAUGUAGUUCUGGAGUAAUUGUCGAGGAAAUAAAUUCUGAUCAUGAAAAAGAUCAAAAUCUAAAUGUGUCCGAAUUUAUGUCAUUGAAAUUAAGUGAAAAUGAAACUUUGGAUUUCAAAGAUUGUGGUACAUGGUCUGAAAAAAUAAUAGAUUCUCAAAGAACUCAUAUUGUUAGAAUGAGAAUGAACUAUAUUGAAAAAUUGAAACUUACUAGAUCUGAAAGAGAAGGGCGUUCUGUUAAUGUUUCUGGGUUUUUCAAAAAUCUUGUAAAUGGAAAUCAAUCAUUAGAUGGGUUUAUUAAUUGGAAGAAAGUAUCAGAAAGAAUACCAGAACAUGAAAAUUCUAAUAUUCAUAAAAAGUAUUUUUGUUCAUGGAAAAUGCUUGAAAUGUCAAUUUGUGAAGCAAUGGAGAACAGUGCUUUUCGUGGAACUGACGAAAUUGUUUCUAAUAUAGGUAAAUCUAAUCAAAGUGGAAAAUUUUUAAAUUUGGUAAAUUUAAUAUCUCAUUAUAACGAGCCUCUAAGAAUUCAUUUUGAAAGUCAAAAAAAAGGAAAUAUCUCACAUGAAGAGCCAAUGUCUCAAGUUAUUCGUUAUGUUAUUGUAAAUGAAAAUGGAUGUGAAAUUGUGGAAAGUUUUCUAGGUUUUUUACAAGUUUUUAAAAAAACUGGUGAGGCAAUAACAGAAGAUAUUUUGAGAAGCUUGUCUAAUCAUAGUAUUGAUUUAUCCUACUGUCGCGGUCAGUCAUAUAACAAUGGAGGUAAUAUGGCUGGGAAAUGGAAAGGUGUUCAAGCUAGGAUCAGUUCUAAAAACUCUUUGGCUAGGUUUAUUCCUUGUACGGCCUACAGUCUAAACUUAGUAGGCUUAUAUGCCGCUAAAUGUUCACCGGAAUUAGAAAAAUUCUUUGGUAUUGUUCAAAAAUUGUUCAAAUUUUUCUCUAGUUCUACUCAGAGGUGGGAUAUUCUUAAAGAACAUUUGAAAUGUUCAUUGAAAGAUUACAGUACGACCAGAUGA